UUACAACAAGCAGAAAGCAGUCUGAUGGUGGGGGAGUGCCUCAAGGAGUUCGCCAGCCACCGUCCAGCCACAUCACAGAGGAACAGACGCCCUGACUCUGCGUCUUCAAGGAGGUCCUUCAGCUUCCCCAGGCAGCACCAGAUAUCAGUCAAUCCCCUUACUUCCUGGAUCUUUCAAAGUUCAGGCCUGGCUUGGAAACAUUUCCUUAAAUUUCUUGGUCUAUUUUGGAGUAGCUGCUCUUUGUGUGCCGCCAGCCUUUCUCGAAUAGGAUUUAGCAGGAGCCACCAUGGGCUCUGUGAAUUCCAGAGGCCACCGGGCAGAAGCCCAGGUGAUAAUGAUGGGCCUGGACUCUGCAGGCAAGACCACGCUCCUGUACAAACUGAAGGGCCACCAGGUGGUGGAGACCCUGCCCACUGUUGGGUUCAACGUGGAGCCACUUGAAGCUCCUGGACACGUGUCACUGAUCCUCUGGGACGUCGGGGGACAGACCCAGCUCAGGGCCACCUGGAAGGACUACCUGGAAGGCACUGACAUCCUCGUGUAUGUGCUGGACAGCACAGAUGAAGCCCGCUUGCCUGAGGCAGUGGCGGAGCUUAAGGAAGUCCUAGAAGACCCCAACAUGGCCAGCGUCCCUUUCUUGGUGCUGGCCAACAAGCAGGAGGCGCCUGAUGCUCUUCCGUUGCUUGAAAUCAGAAACAGGCUUGGCCUAGAGAGAUUCCAGGACCGUUGCUGGCAGCUCCAGGCCUGUAGUGCCCUCACAGGCCAGGGGCUGCCAGAGGCUCUGCAGAGCCUGAAGAGCUUGCUGAAAUCCCGCUGAAAUGCCAGUCACCUGUGACUCCAGGUGACAGCCAGUGGGGCAGAGAAAGCCAGAGCUCCUGGGCAGGCAGAACAGCUGCUCCUUGUUCCUGGGAAAGGAAGGACCAGUUGAUCCUUGAGAAACUUCAGCUCAGUCUAUCACACGAGAAACCCUUACAUUCAUGGACAGAAAAAUUUCUUCUCAGGACUUAUUCUCAGUGGUGUUUAUGUUGAAAAUCAACUGUUCUUUGAAAAAUAAUGCCCUGAGGGAAAAUGAAAACCCUCAAAAUACUUCAUGUAAUAGCUUGUUAACAAGGGUGAAUGGGACAAAGAUGGUUGCAUAAUAAAUUGAGAACU